AUGGAUGAAUUUUUGGCUAAAGCUGGCUCUCAAGCAGUUUCUUUUGCUAUCAAAUCAGGGAUAUCAAUUGCAUCAUCUUAUGCUAUUAAAAGUGUUAGUAAGUUUAUCGUGCAGAUCCCACAGGAAGAUGCCAAUAAGUUAGAAAUAUUGCGGUCUCAAUUAGAAACUAGAAUAGAAAUUGUUUCUUUUGCGUUAGAUUUAAUAAAAUUAGUGGCAUCUAAAGGUAAUACAAAUCUGCAAUAUACAUUAAAUUUGACAAAGGGGUUAAGAAGAGACAUCGAUGAAUUUGAUAACAAAGUGAAUGAGUUGUUUGAAGACAUUCAGGAAAAUUCUACAAAUAAAAAGUUACAUUCAGUAAAAAUAAAAUCAUUGGAAACAUACAUGACAAAUUUAUUAAAACAAAUAGAAAAUGUAACACCUUUUAUAAAUUUAUCGUUAACAACUUCUGGAACAAAUUUAAGUUCCACUUUAUCCAAAAAAAUAUCACCUAGUUUGCUAUUGAAUGCAUCCAAUUAUAUUGUGGAAAAUAACAAAGUUUAUAAGGUAAACCCUAAUGUGGGUCCUAGUUUUGAGGUGACCCUUUACACCAUAUUUUAUAAUUCAUCAAAUAUUGAUAAUCCAAUUAUUUGGAAGGAAACUAUGAAAAGAGCCAAUUUAGUGAUAAAAAGAAUAAACACUUCCAAGAUAGGUGAAUAUAACUAUAUUAUCACUAUUAAGCAAGAUUUCAAUGAUGGUAGAUAUCAUAAUGAAGAUGAAUUCCAAGAUCAUGAAUUUGUAUUAAAAAUUGAACAAAUAAAAAAAUUAGUCUUCAAUGUCUCAGGUAGAUUGUUAAAAUUAGAAGAGAACGACAGUCCUGUUUUGAUUUUAAAGACUGAAUCAGAUGCUAUAUCUGAUGGAAACCAGUUGAUUAAAUGGUAUGCAUUAGGUGGUUAUGAUGAACCUGAGCUACCCGAUAGUGAAAAUGAAGAACAGGAAGAAGUUGAAAAGGAGGAGGAGGAAGAAGAUCAAAAUAAUGUUGUAGAUCAAUUCAAGGAUGCUUUAGAUACUUGUAUUUCUAAUCAACUUCCAGCAUCAAGAUCGAUAGCACUUUUAGAAUAUAUAAUUAGACUUUUAUCUUUGCAGCAUGAUGAUGAAAAAUCUUUGUUAGAGAUAACGGAUGAAAGGUUGUCGAUAUAUUUAAAUGAUGAGAAUGCGUAUUCUAAGGUAAAAGAAAAGCAAGUUGAUGUACACGAAAUCAUAAAUGCACUAAAAAAUAUGAAUUUAGGUUGA